GACAGCCCUCAAAGGCCACCUGAGGAGACUUUACGGAGAGGCGGCGCCCGGAGAGGAAGGGGCGGAGCUUCGCCGAAAAGGUGGCGCCCCACUUCCGGAAUCAGAGAGCUGACCCGAGGAGAGCGGCGCUUCGGAGGCGGAGAAACCGGAUGCAGGAGGACGGGUGAGCCCGGCGGAGGAAGGAAGGCAGGAAGGAGGCGCCGCCCGAGAGGAUAGGAGGCCCCGCGGAGCAGCCCCGGGAGGAGACGGCGGGGAAGGCCCGGCAGGGAUGAGCCGAGGGGGACUCCGGGAAAGGAGGCCACCCGGAGGGAGAAGCGGGGAGCAGGAAACGGGCGGAGAAAAAAAAUACCAGUGCACAGAAUGUGAAAAAUCCUUCAGAACGAAUGAAAACCUCGAAAACCACCUGAGAAUCCACUCGGGAGAGAAACCAUUCCUAUGCUCGGAGUGUGGGAAGAGCUUCAGUCAGAGGGGAACCCUUUACGCCCAUCGGAGGAUCCACACGGGAGAAAAACCCUAUAAAUGCCUGGAAUGCGGGAAAACCUUCAGUUUAAGCGGAAACCUUUACGCCCAUCAAAGGAUCCACACGGGAGAAAAACCCUUUAAAUGCCUCGAAUGCGGAAAAACCUUCCGGCUGGGUGGAAACCUUUACAUACACAAAAGAACCCACACUGGAGAAAAGCCAUAUAAAUGCCUGGAGUGUGGGAAAAGCUUUAUUGUGAGUGGGCACCUCCUGCGACACCAAAGCACUCACACAGGUGAAAAGCUGCAUAAGUGCCUGGAAUGUGAAAAAAACUUUAGCGAGAGGGAAAGCCUUUGCAAACAUCAAAGGAUCCACUCAAGAGAAAAAAUGCAUAAAUGCCUGGAAUGUGGAAAGAGCUUCAGUCAGAGGAGAAGCCUUUAUAAUCACCAAAGAGUUCACACUAGAGAAAAAGAAUACAAAUGCCUGGAGUGUGAAAAGAGCUUCCGUCAGAGGAAAAGCCUUUCUAAUCACCAAAGAGUUCACACUAGAGAAAAAGAGUAUAAAUGCCUGGAGUGUGAAAAGAGCUUCAGUCAAAGGGGACACCUUUAUAGACAUCAGAGGAUCCACUCGGGGGAGAGACCAUACCAAUGUCUGGAGUGUGGGAAGACCUUUACUGAAAAUGCACACCUCCGUCAACAUCAAAGGAUCCACACAGGAGAGAAGCCGUAUGAGUGCCUGGAUUGCGGAAAGAGAUUCCGUCAAAAUGGGAGUCUUUAUAUGCAUCAAAGAAUUCACACAGGAAACAAACCAUAUAAAUGCUUAGAGUGUGGAAAGAGCUUUAUUGAUGGUGGACAACUCAGUCAACAUCAAAGAAUCCAUACAGGAGAGAAACCAUAUCGAUGCCUGGGGUGUGGAAAAGCUUUCAGUCGGGUAGAACACCUCAGUCAGCAUGAAAGAAUUCACACAGGACAGAAACCGUAUAAAUGCAUAAAGUGUGGAAAGAGUUUCAGUCACAAGGCAAGCCUUUACGCACAUCAAAGAAUCCACUCGGGAGAAAAACCCUUUAAAUGCCUAGAGUGUGGGAAAUGCUUUACACAGGGUGGACAUCUCUGUCAACACCAAAGGAUUCACACGGGGGAGAAACCCUAUAAGUGCCUGGAGUGUGGAAAGAGCUUCAGUCAGCGGGGAAACCUUUAUAGCCAUCAAAGAAUCCAUUCAGGUGGGAAAUCCUAUAAAUGUUUGGCAUUAAAAAGAAAUUUGCUCAGAGGGGACACCAUCAACUUCGAAGAGUUCGCACAAGAGUAAAAAAAAAACCUGUACGUGCCUCAAGUGCAGAAAGAGCUUCAGUGACAACGUAGUGCCUCAGUAAAUAUUACGGAGCUCACCUGGAGAAUAAAUUUUUACAGAUUUGUACAGAUUGAAAAAUCCUUCAAAAGAAAUGGAAAUCUCCCCAAACCAUCCAAGCAAAACUAUAGAAAUGGACAGAUAAAAGUAAAGAUUUGCCCCAUCCAGUUGUUUUGCGAUUCUUAAGGGCUGUGCUUAUCUGUGUUUUUUCGCCAAGGUAGAUAGCGUGAUCCAGAGACAUUUCUGUCAUCAUGUGGCCAGCAUGACUACAUGCUGAUGUGCCUGGAACGCUGUUACUCUUCCACCAAAGUGCUACCUGUUUAUCGACUUUCAUUUGCAUGUUUUUAAAUGGCUAUUUGGGCAGGAGCUGGGGAUCAUCCCAUCACACAACUCUUGUCAACACCAGGGAGAUCCAGACAGUUCCUAUGUGUAUAGAGAUUUAUCAUAAGCUUAAGUUCUCUACAAGAAUCUGAACUACUAACUGUCAAGGGAAAUUAACAGGAGUUAAGAAUAGAAAGGAAUUCAGGGUGGGCUGGACUUCGAUCUCUUGUGGGCACGAAGAGACUCACGACUGAUGAAGCAUUUGACCCCUCCCUCGGGCUAAGCCUGGUCAUCUCCUACAGCUCUUGAAUCUUGAACCUGGGCUGUCAACCUUCCAGCCGACAAGCUCAAAGUCUUUAACCGCCAUCGCAUCCCCUUAUAGAGUGUUACUACAAUGCUUCAGUACCCAGCAAUGUCAGUGUAGCCCUGGAUGUAAUGCAUGUUUUUUUUUAAAGGCUAAGAAACUCCUCCAAUAUUUAUCACAGAUCUAAUUACCAUCCAAUAAAACCCAGAUGUGGAUACUUAU